GUCCAGCGCAAGGUCAAGGCAGCGCUGAACAAGAUGACCCCGGAGAACUUUGACAGGAUAUCAGAACAAAUUCUGCAGAUCGCUGCACAGUCCAAGGACGAACAAGAUGGACGCACUCUGAGACAGGUCAUCCAGCUCACAUUCGAGAAGGCAACCGACGAGGCCCACUGGGCGGCCAUGUACGCCAAGUUCUGCAAGCGCAUGCUGGAGACGAUGAGCCCCGAGGUUAAGGAUGUCACCAUCACGGACAAGAAUGGAAACGUCGUUAGCGGUGGCGCUCUGUUCCGAAAGUACCUCCUCAACCGUUGCCAGGAGGACUUCGAACGCGGCUGGAAUGUUGACAUGCCCGAGCCCAAGGAGGGCGAGUCAAAGGAGGCCGCUCUGAUGUCGGAAGAGUAUUACAAGGCCAUGGCUGUCAAGCGCCGUGGUCUUGGUCUCGUCCAGUUCAUCGGUGAGCUUUUCAAGCUCGGCAUGCUCACGGAGCGCAUCAUGCACGAGUGUGUGCGCAAGCUGCUCGACUUCAAGGAUGAGCCCGAUGAGGCCGAGAUCGAGUCGCUGACCAAGCUGUUGCGUACUAUCGGUGCCAACCUUGACAGCACCGAGAAGGGCAACGCCAUGAUGAAUGCCUACUUUGAGCGCAUUUCGAACUUGGUCGAGACUGAACUGCCCAGUCGACUCAACUUCAUGCUCCUGGACAUCAUCGACUUGCGCAAGGCCAAGUGGCAGUCCAAGGAC